AUGUAUUUUGAUAUAUACGUUUCGUCCAGACUAAGUGAUAAAUUAGAUAAUAUUGAAUAUCCAACGCAUGGACACAUUUCAUAUUUCUCUAGAGGUCAUAUUGAAGACGUGUAUGACUUAGCUUGGUCUCCCAAUGGAACUCAAUUGAUUUCAGGAUCUGUUGAUAACAGCGUGAUAAUUUGGGAUACUAACAAAGGAGAUAAGUUGAGGAUACUAAAGGAUCAUCGUCAGUAUGUCCAAGGGGUAUCAUGGGAUCCCUGUGGUACCUAUGUUGCGUCAUAUUCGUGUGACCGCACGUGCCGUAUUUACAACACGUCCAACUACAGAUGUUGUUUUAAUAUUAAUAAAGUGACUCUGCCGAGUUGUGCCAAAAGUGAAACCGGAACACAGAGUUCAAAACAAAUCAAAAUAUUUCACGACGAGACAAUGCCGUCCUUCUUUCGCCGUUUAACGUUCUCUCCAGACGGUUUACUUCUAUUUGUCCCAGGUGGAAAAUUUGAGGUACAGGAGAAGAUGGUGAACACGACUUUUGUUUUCACCAAAGCAUCCAUGAACAAACCAGUCAUGUAUUUUCCCGCCAAGAAGAAACCGACCAUUGCAGUGAAGUGUUGCCCGGUACUCUUUGAGCUUCGAAACACAGGCAAAAAUUCUUGCGAAAGCAACAAGUCUGUUUUUAAGCUGCCGUAUCGCACUGUAAUAGCUGUUGCAUCUUUGGACAGCGUUGUAUUGUACGACACUCAACGAACGUUGCCGUUUGGUUUUCUUUCAAAUAUGCAUUACGCUUCAUUGACGGACAUCGCUUGGUCCGGAGAUGGUAGAAUCCUUGCGAUUUCCUCCCGAGAUGGUUAUUGUUCUUUGGUGACAUUCGAUGAUAACGAGUUGGGUGUCCCCUACAGUCAAAGAGCGAGGGAAAUAAUCGAGAAUUCCGCAGUUCCCGCCAAAGAAAGCAGUCCAAAUAGACGAAUUAUCACGACGCCGAGGUGCAAAACACCAGACUCUGGUAAAGACGAACGCACACCUCCGAAGAUAGAAAAGCUCUCAAUCAAAAACUUUGUAACAGUCAACGCACCGAAAGCUAACUCCAGCCAAUCAGCAAGCGUACAGAGCUCAGUUAAAACAGACAACGCUCAAAAUGACGGGCGGAGAACUGCGGAACCUGCUCCACGCAGAGUCGGCUUCGUCACCGUGAAGCCUUCGAUGCCGGUGCCAUCUUCGACCAUGGGUAAUAAUUCUGCCGCUGCUAUGACAACGGUUUCCAUGGCAACUCAGUCACGGAGGGUGAACUUUACGACGCUGCAACCGAAAGGAACAGCGUCAUUGGAAAAUGAUUGUAAACAUUUGAGUACAAAUAGUUCUGCAGGCGAAGAAGUAAUUUCGGGAAACCAGCCUCGCCGGGUUGGAUUCGUCACCAUAAAAUCUCCACAAGAUUCGCGGGUACCCCACACAAGUCCCACCAAUCCUUCGAGCCAGAAUACAUCGAAUUCCCCUCCGGGGGGUGAGCCCGUGAAAAGCGCCCACGAACCACGUCGAGUUAACUUUGUAACUCUCAAAUCACCAGAGAACUCGACUAUGCCACCACGAGAAAUACUCGCCAUAUCAACAUUGACGAACCACAGUGGGUCAGACACUCCUACCGAGAGAGAGGGGUGCGCUUCCUUGACCCAACCCCCACCGCCCAGAGUCAACUUUGCAACAACAGAGGUUCCCUCGCCUCCCACUGAGAAGGCGACCCUGCAGACCGUCAGUGAAACGUCCAACCAAAGUUCUACAAUUCAUUCAACAAGCAUGGCUAGUACCAGUGUUAAAGCUGCUCAGGACAACAUUACGAGAGAAGGCAGACCACCAGUACCACUGGAGCCUGAAGUUACUAUUAUAUAA